AUGUCUGAACAACUGCCCCUACCACCAGGAUGGAUCGCCGAAUGGAACGCGGAGCACCAGCGAUGGGUCUUUAUCGAUCAAGCCACCGGUAGCGCCCAGUGGGAACCUCCAGCUCCUUCUGCUAUGGUCCCCGAGAUGGCAGACACUCCACAGCCCGCACAGGCACGUACGAAACGGAGACAAUACGCGCCAGUCGAACAAUCCCAACUAUACUACAACAGCACACCCGGUCCCACCGCACCGCAAUCGUAUGACCAGCCUACACCAUCGACAGUCGCACAGGGCUACUUCACGCCGGUCGAUGCGACCCAACAUGCAGGACAGCCGGGACCCUUGGACUAUGCGAGCACGCAAGUCUCAGGGUAUAAUCCGGUAUCUCCAGUAGGAGCUUACGGCGUAGAUCAGCUUGCCAACCACUUGGACCAAAUGGGCGUGCAGGGCGCCCGGCAACAAUCUCGAGCUGUAAAUCUGCUCACAGAACCACCUGGCCCGCACGAGCCACACCUUCCUCCUCCUGCGCCACAAUUUCCAGCAAGAGCGACCGCCUCGCAAAGCGGGAGGACGAACGCACCACAGACUUAUCAAAGAUGCACUGUGGGUGCCUUUCCUGCAAAUGGAGCAACCGCGAGCAAGGCCAAACUACCACUUGCGCUGGUCAUCAACCCGUACCGAAGUGUAGGGGAGGGAGAGGAGGACGUUCGUCUGGUUAACGAUGCCGUCAUUGCGCGCUGCCGACGUUGCCGGACGUACAUCAAUCCAUACGUACAAUUCGUGGACAACAACAAUCGUUGGAAAUGUUGUAUGUGCGGCAUGACAAACGAUGUGCCACAGGCGUUCGACUGGGAUGUCAUCAAUAAUUGCUCUGCUGACCGCUGGGCGCGUACGGAGCUCAACUAUGGCUUGGUCGACUUUGUAGCGCCGACUGAGUACAUGGUUCGGCCACCCCAGCCGCUCUACUACGUCUUUCUUCUGGAUGUCAGCCAUGCGGCCGUGAAUUCGGGCAUGCUGGCCACUGUCAGCCGCACACUGCUCGAUAAUCUGGACUCGUUACCAAACGAGGAUGACCGGACGAAGAUCGCGCUGAUCGGCUUUGACACCGCGUUGUACUUUUUCCAUGUCCAGCCUAACGCCACGGACGCGAACAUGUUUGUCGUAGCGGAUGUGGAUGAUGUCUUCCUCCCUCGGCCGCCUUUUGAUCUUCUCGUCAAUCUGAAAGAAGCCCGUGAAGCCCUGGAAGCCCUUCUCGAUAGCUUCCCGAAUAUCUUCAAGGACAGCACGUCACCUGGUAGUGCUCUCGGGUCUGCACUGGAGAUAGGGUUUCAAUUGAUGGCACCUGUCGGCGGCAAGCUCAUCGUGCUCUCGGCAAGCCUACCGACCGUUGGCGCUGGAGCUUUGAAGAAUCGCGAGGAGCCGAAGGUGCUUGGGACGCCCAAGGAAUCUGGCCUUUUGCAGCCCGCGUCUGCGUUCUACAAAACAUUCGCUAUCGAAUGCUCGCGCAUGCAAGUGUCCGUCGACAUGUUCCUGUUCGGACUGUCGUAUCAGGAUAUCGCUACGUUGACUUGUCUACCCCACUACACCUCCGGACAGGCGUUCUUCUACCCUGCUUUCAAUGCCGCGAGACCCGAAGAUAGCGAGAAGGUCUCUCGUGAGCUCGGCGUUGUGCUCGCAAUGCCGAUCAUGGUUGAGGCCGUUACUCGCGUGCGGGUCUCGGGUGGGCUACGCACAAAGGCGUUUCAUGGCAACUUCUUCGUCCGUAGCACGGAUCUACUCGCAAUGCCGACUGUCCCUCAGGACAACGGUUAUGUUGUCGAGCUUGCGAUCGAAGAUACCCUUCCAACCCCGCUCGUCGUAAUGCAAACUGCCAUCCUGCACACAACGGCCGCCGGCGAACGCCGUGUGCGCGUCAUCACGACCGCUGUCCCGACCACGCAAAACGUCAACGAUGUUUUCGCAUCCGUGGACUGCGGCGCGCUCGCAGCUACGCUGGCAGCGCGUGCGGCAGCAAAAACGCUCACGCACAAGCUGGAGGACGCGCGUGAGAUGCUUGUGGCAAAAGUAGCAGACAUCCUUAUCGCAUACAAGGGCUGCAUCGGGACGGGCGGCGUGAAUGCGGGCGGCCAGCUCUCACUCCCAGAGAACAUGCGUGCAUUCCCAUUGCUCAUACUUGGCCUUCUGAAGAACAUCGCGCUCCGACAAAGCGCUCAAAUCCCGCCAGACUUGCGUGCAUGGGCGCAAUACCUACUCACCGCACUCCCAUGCGAUGCCCUUCUGGGAUACCUACACCCCAACUUCUACUCGCUUCACAAUAUGCCGGACGAGUGUGGAGUGAGGGAUCAAGGCGGGAGAGUGACGAUGCCGCUGUUGAAUCCGUUAUCAUCUGAGCGAUUCGAGCGUCAUGGCCUGUUCCUGAUUGAGGAUGGGCAGACUAUGUUUCUAUGGGUUGGGCGCGACGCUGUGCCACGCUUGAUCGAGGAUGUAUUUGGGCUUCCCAAUUAUGAGGCCCUGCGUUCUGGGAAGAUCUCACUACCAGUGCUCGAGAACGAGUUCUCCGCUCGGGUGCGUGCGGUUGUGCAGGGUGCCCGCGAAGCACGCCGUGGUCCAUUCUGGCCCACGCUAUAUCUCGUGAAAGAAGAUGGGGAUGCAGCUCUGCGCGCUUGGUCCAUAUCGACCCUUAUCAUGGAUCGCGCGGAUGGGCAACCGAGCUAUCAGCAGUUUUUGAAUACACUCAGAGAGAAAGUACACGGGUCUGGGUACUGA